AGUUUUAUAAAUUAAUUGCAAUGGAGAAAAGACAGGUAAAAGCCGAGUGUCAGUUAUGCCUUCCAAAGAUUCAUAUCAUAAGCGGAAUUAUAGGUGUUUCCACCAACUUUUUAAAACAUAUAAGGAAAGUACAUAGUGAAUUUACAGAAAAAUACCAAAAAUACAUUCAAACCAAGAAGGUUCGCUUAGACCAAUGUAAAAAAAAAUUAGAAGAAGGUGCCACAACUGCAGGUAGUUCAAACGAGAAUGCAAGGAUUUUAAAAAAGCAAACAACCAUAGAAUCUAGCUUUUAUCGUGGGCAAAGGGUUAGCCAAGAUGAAUUUAACAAGAGGUUGUUAACGUUUAUUGUUAAUUCUAUGUCUUCCAUUAAUACAGUAGAAAAUAAAUAUUUUAUUAAACUGUUUGAUGGUAUGAACUUAACUGUUAUGACUAGAAAAACAGCUAUUCAAAAGAUUAACAGGCUGCAAGAGGAUAGUGUGGAAUCAUUAGUUAACAAACUUAAAUCAGUAAAAUAUGUAUGCACCACAAGUGACAUAUGGAGUGCAAAAAAACGGAGUUUUUUGGGCGUUACUUGCCACUGGUUAGAUUCUAACUUGAAAAGACAUUCUGCUGCAUUAGCAUGUCGUCGAUUUCAGGGAACUCAUUCUUAUAACAGGAUUGCCGAAAUGUUAGACGAAAUUCAUAAUAAGUAUGAGUUGGAUUCGAACAAAAUUGUUGCCACUGUAACUGACAACGGUGCCAAUUUCAUUAAGGCAUUUAAAGAAUUUGGUAUUGACAUACCAUCUGAAUUAAUUUUUAGAAACGUCAAUAAUGAGAAUGAAAUACAUACAAUACUCGACAGUAAUGAACUUGGCAGUACUGCAAAUAGUGGUAAUACUGAUGAAAAUAAUGAAAUAGAGGAUAUUGACGAUGUUUUACCCUCAUUUGUUUCAAUUAAUAGUGAUUAUUGCGAUAAUCAGGAAACUUCGGUAAUGCUACAGUUACCUCACCACGAGCGCUGUGCCAGUCAUACACUUAAUUUAAUUGCGGUGACUGAUGUGAAGAAUGCAAUUGAGAAAAAUCACGCGACAAGAAGCAGACAUACUGCAAUUAUGGCCAAGUGUAGUUUACUGUGGAAUAAAUGCUCGUAUCCGAAAUCUGCAGAGAUUGUAAAAGACGUACUGGGUCAUUAUUUAAGUUAUCCCGGAGUGACACGCUGGAACUCGUAUUACGACUCCAUAAGUCAAAUCGUAAAAGAAAAAAACAAGCUGAGCGAAUUAUUUCUAAAGCUAGGUUUGAAGAACUCGCUUAAAGAAUCGGAACUUGCUUAUCUGAACGAAUACUGCAAAGUUCUUGAACCUCUUGCUACCGCUUUAGAUAAGUUGCAAGCUGAAAAUAAUAAUUAUUAUGGAUAUUUGUUACCAUGUAUUGUGUCUCUAAGGACAAAGUUUGUAAAAAUGCAAUCGGCAAAUUUAAAACAGACCAACCACAUUCUAGAUGCAUGUCUUAAUGGUUUAAAGGUUAGAUUCAAAAAUCUACUAACAUUGACAGACGAGGCAAAUAAUGCCAUUAUUGCGGCAUUCACUAUACCCCAAUUUAAGCUCAGGUGGUAUAAUGGUAUAAAGGAUACGGCUAUAAAAUCUUUACAAGAUAUAAAUAAGAUAAUUGUCAUGGCUGCUAAAAAUGUAUGUGCUGAAAAUGAAACUAGCGACAGAAGCAAAGUAAGAUUUCCGCAAAAGGACGAUUUCUUUGACUUCAAUGAGGCGACUACUGAAUUAGAAUUAAAUUCAAGUACCUUUGUCAAUGAAGUGGAAUUUGAAAUUAUGCGUUACAGUAACGAUCCGAAUUCUGCAUUAACUUGUGUCAACGAUUAUGCCAUCAUUAACAAGCUGUUCAUAAGAUACAAUACUAGUCUUCCUUCAAGCGCUCCAGUCGAGCGUAUGUUUUCAUUCGCGUCGAUUAUCAACGCUCCUAAAAGGCAUGCAUUGUCUGAUACAAAUUUUGAAAACCUCGUGUUAUUAAAAGCUAAUGGCUGUUAUGAAAACUAA